CUAUCAACCAAUCAACGCUGUUGAAAUUAGACAAUUGAAUCGGAUCGACAUGAGCAGCACAGGAGAAGUCGCCGUACCUGGUCAGCGUCUUGCCGCGGUGGACGGCAAGCUCAAGGCCGGAAAUGGAGCCUACGUACGCGACGACGCCAUCUUUGCAUCUAUCUGCGGCAAGUGGCGCAUCUCACAGGACGUCGUGGAGGUGACGCGGGCCAACAAGACAGUAGCGUCGGUGCAAGUGCUGCGUCUCGGCGACAUUGUCAUCUGCCGUGUGGUAAAGAUCACGUCUCGACAAGUGAUGGUAGACAUUCUGUGCGUGGGCGAAACCGUGUUGAAGGAGGCUUUCCCGGGAACUAUCAGACUGGAGGACGUGCGGAACCACGACAUUGACAAGCUCGUGAUUGAGGAGAUUUUCUCGCCCGGUAUGCUCGUGAAGGCGGCUGUGCUUUCCUUCGGUGACACUCGCUCCUACUUCCUAUCGACAGCUAAGCCAGGACUUGGUGUCGUACGUCAGCCUACACAGCAGGUUGGCCAGACGACCGACAUGGAAACGGAUUAGAUCACAGGAAUGUAUUCAAAAAAGUGUGGCAGGUGGGAGAACUACAGCUCGUUAUGCAAGCAAUAAAGGUGUCUCUCGUUAUGGUUAUCGGUAUACGAUACAUUGUCUGGGUUAACCUGCUAUCAAAACGCCUGGUUAAUCGUCAUCCUCGUCCUCCGAUCCCUCCGCUUCGAUGAUCUCAAAGCGUGUGAAGGGCUUCUCCAUUGAGCUCCGUUUACAUGGUUGGUUCUGUUGACUUAUUUCUUCUCCAUCAUCAUCCUCGAUAAUCUCGAAGCGCUUGAAUGGUUUCUCUUCGUUUUCGUCUGCCUCGUGGUUGGUAGGCGACAUCUGGUUGCUCAAUAAAGCACC